ACGAGCUGCUCAGCAAAGCAACUUGAAAUAAUCAAACAUGAUGAGUUUUGUUGCAAGGUGUAUCAGUGUCUAUGCUGUGAUUUUGGGACUGCUGCUACCUCAGGCAAUCCCAUGCAAUGUGACGGGAGUGUGGCGAAAUGAGUUGGGCUCUGUGCUUGCUAUUGAGGCGGUUGGUUCUGAGCUCAGAGGCCUUUAUCAGAGUGCAGUGGCGACUGCUCCAGGAGUCACGGGUCCAGAACAGGCCAAGCUACUGGGUGUGACUGGUAAUCAGGGUCUGCAAACCUCUGUGGCUUUCUCUGUGUUAUGGGAGGCAGGUUCCUGUAGCUCUUGGGUUGGUCAGUGUUUCGAACUGCCUGAUGGGAAGCGAGUGCUGAAGACCCUGUGGAUGUUGCGCUCUGUGGCUUCAGGCCCUGCAGACAACUGGAAGAGUACCAGGCUGGGAGAGGACACUUUCGUCUUCAUUUCCUGAAAGCAGAAUGUACUGAUCACCUGGCAAUGCUGCAUUUGGUUUGCUGCCCUCUACUGAUAUUUCUAUGAGAGUUCAAAGAAAUAAUCUGUUUUAAUACUCUCUGGGCUGCCCUCUCAUCCAUGCCAUAAAUUAUAUGUGUCAUUUACCUUGUCUUGCCUGACAUAAAUAAAAGUUUCAACUCA